CCGCUUGUGGUGAUUUUUUUUUUCUUCUCUUUUCUCGAUUUCUAUGCUGAGUACUUUUUUUUUUCUCGAAAAGAGGAUCUUCUGUUUGAUUGUGAAUCUGCUUGUUUGUCUCUCAACCUGAAGACGCUUUGUCGUCCUUCUAUUUAUUAGCCGGAGAAUAAAGGUUGCUAGCAUUCUUAACUCGAUACUCGAUACUCGAUACUAAACUAGAGGAUAUCUCUCACACGGACAGAUUGCUUCCUCAUUCUACUUUGCUGUGUCUAUCCCUUCAAUAUGUCAAGUUCAGACAGCAUCGCAGCUCAAAAUGCAGCCGGGGCAUCUGGCCCAGACGACGGAUCUUCCGGUCUAUCAACCACAGCCAUGGCGAUCCUGAUAACUAUAGUAGGAGUCGUGGUCAUUCUCGGAGUCUCAUCAGCAUUCCUCUACCUCAUCGCCAAACGCAGACAAUGGCGUCUUCGCGAAAAACUCCGACAAUCCGCUCGUCGUGUCGGAGAAGCUAUCAGAACACCAUUGACGCCGAGAUUCGCCAGAUCAGCUAGAUCUCCUUUACCACAGACUGCAACUCGAGAUAUGAAUAGGAAAUCAGGCCGUGGGGAUAAGGCUUCGUCUUCUCUGACCCCAGUCAAGGAGGAGAGUCAUCAUGACCGUCGCUCUGGGUUUGAUAAGAGAUCGAACAUUAACCCAAGUGCGGUUAAGAUGGAUGGAUAUGGAAGGAAUAGAUCGAGGAGAGAGAUUGAUGUCGAAAAGGGGUUGGAGCUUCAACCGAUCAAGGCGACUAGUGUUGAAGUUACGGCUGCGGAUUCGAAUUCAGCGCAUGGUGAUCCAGUGCCGGCUCGAAAAGGGUGGGGAUCGAUGUUCUCGUUUGGACGCCAAUGAGGAUGAUUCCUUUUUUUUUGCUGCAUGUUUGCCUUUUUGGGCUGUUGAUGAGGGAGUUGGAUGAUGAUUUUUGUUCCUUUCUAUGGUCAUUUGGGCUUAUGCGGGUUUAGUGACGAAUGUUAAGUAUGUCCUGUUUGGUUUUAUGUCUGCUGGGAAUGGGAUAUCUUAGCAUUGGUCGUCAAGGCUUCUAUUCCUUUUACUUUAUCUCAGACUUUUUUUCAGUUCUAUGCUUCUCGAGAGAAAAAUACCCAUUAAGGACGCAUAGUUUCGUGCGCUAAUCAAU